UCGCCCUCCCCUUCAUCCCCUUUCCAGGCCCCUCUGCGAUCGGGAUUCAAGGAGAGGGGGCGAUUUCCCCCGGGCACAGCGCAGAAAAUCCAGAGGAAGUGGGUGAGUUCAUCGACACACAGCGGGAAUGAAGUCCAACUUUAUGCCCUUGGGACCCCCCGUAAGCCGGGACAGAGUCAUCGCCCACUUCCCCAAGUGGUACACACCUGAGGCCUGCCUCCACUUCAAUGAACACUUUCACGGGCAGGUCAAAAAUGCAUGCCAGCAGAGGAACACUGGGACCGUUGGGUUGAAAGUAUCAAAAGUCGUUGUAGUUGGAGAUCUGUGUGUUGGGAAAACCAGCCUUAUCAACAGGUUUUGUAAAGACACUUUUGACCGAGACUACAAAGCAACGAUAGGAGUGGAUUUUGAAAUCGAAAGAUUUGAAAUAGCUGGAAUACCUUAUAGCCUUCAGAUUUGGGACACAGCAGGGCAAGAAAAAUUCAAGUGCAUCGCAUCCUCUUAUUACAGGGGUGCCCAAGUUAUUAUAACAGCAUUUGAUCUGGCUGAUAUCCAGACCUUGGAACAUACCAAGCAGUGGUUAGAAGAUGCAUUAAGGGAGAACGAGCCAGAUUCCAGCCUUAAAUUUCUAGUUGGAACAAAGAAAGAUUUAUUGUCAGGUGCUGUUUGUGAGAGAACUGAAGCGGAUGCCAUCCGGGUGGCCAGUGAGAUGCAGGCUGAAUACUGGUCAGUUUCAGCCAAGACAGGGGAAAACGUGAAAAAAUUUUUUUUCCGAGUCGCUGCUUUGACAUUUGAGCAAUCCGUGCUGCAGGAACUGGAGAAGAGAGAUAGCUGCCGGACUCAGAUCGGAGAAGGAAACUUCAUCAAAAUAGAAGGGAGCUCAGCGGAGACCCAGGAGAGCAGCGGCCAUGCCAGUCUCGGUUGCUGUUAGCUGGAAACUCAUUGCUGAGAGAGGGAUGCAGAUUGUAUUGAACAGAGGAGAAUCUAAAAGAAAGCAAAUGUCAAGAGAAAAGGAAAAUCAUUUAACGACGGAAAAAUCAAAUCACAAAAAUAUUUAUGAUACUCUGAAGUGGGGUAAUAGACCCUCAUACAAUAAGAACUCCCACGUCGUGGAAAAGAUUCCUUGACGUUACCAAGGAGACGUCCCAGGAGCAGAAUCUGGAGUCCCAAAUCCUCAGCCAGGCCGCUACUGUGUUUUCCCAGGCUUGGAAUGUGCAUUACUGUGCCGGGGAUACACCCCGCCAGCCCUGAGGUGGAGAGCAAGGGCAGCAGAGGGAGAAUGAAGAAGAAGAAGAAGCCAGCCUCGUUACGCCUCUGCUUCUCCCACCCCACCUCCACACGGACAACCCAAACAGCCCACCAAUACUAGCAAACAGGAUGUCUACCAUCUAGGAUCUUUGACCCAUUUCCAGAGAGGAAAUUCAGAGGUAUCUGUUGUACUUCACUGGUUACACUGAAGAACUGAUUUUCUUUAGACAGACCUUUACCCCCAUUUUACUUCUCGUGGCUAAGUAUUCCGGGUCACCCGUCCAUAAGAACAGGCAUCAUGUGUAGGGGUCCACCCGCAGCAAUUUAUAAGUUUCUUUUGGAUUGCUCUGAUUGCUGACGCAGUCCAUUCACUCGAUGCCUAUGGCCGUCCCAGGUACAGCUUUGUAGGUUGGCUUGAUUUCUGAUUUCUGCCUUUUAGACAUCCCGAAGUACUAAAAGAGUUGCACGUUUCUACUGGAAUGGCUCUGAGAAAACGCCUGAGAGAUCGCACAGUUGAGCGUAGUCAGGUUGGGAAAAAAUAACCGUCAAUUUUACCGACCUGACCUUAUCACACAGGACUCCUGCAGCCUCCCUCCUAUGAUCCCUAACGGUCGAUUAGGCUUCAUCAACUUUAUGAAAUCCCUAACACGACUAAUUAACGUUGGUGGCUGGGAAGAGUUUAUCUUUGUAUUAAUACUGGAUCCAGCAAAACUGAAGGCAGGCUAAAUCCUCGCCUUCCAGAAUCAGUCACCUGUGCAGGAGCCAGAAAAAUCAUAUGAUUAAAGCUGGGUCAGUUUCUCACAGCACCUGGAGGAGUUGGCGUGUUUGACGGGGGUGAGGUCAGGGUGAGGUAAAGUAUACUCAGAUAAAGACUCUUGCAAAACUCGA